AUGCCCCUUGGCUGGUGUUGGCAGGGCCCUCACAAUCCCAUCUGGGUGGGAACCAGUUAUGCCAUUGCACACCCUGGGCAGCAGUCCCCCACAGUGGAUCCCUGGAUUGAGCAGCUCUGCUGUGGGGACUCUGUGUGUGCUUGCACAACCACGGAGCAGAAGAGCACGGCCAUUAGUGCUCCUGAUGGUAAACCCACAGAAGGGGGGCCCCCGGCUCUGCGCAUGCCUGGCCCAUGGCCCAGGGUGGACUUCUGCUGUGUGCCAAUCUCACACCCAUGCACCUUUGAUGGCUCCCCAUGGCUUCUGGACGGUCUGUCCUUUUGCUUUGAGCACUAUCAGGACAACCUCUCCUGUGUCUUGGAGAUCCUAGGGCACCUGAUGGACUGACCCCAGGCAUGGGCAGCCCCCUACAUCAACGGGGACCUGCUCCUUCCUGAUGCUUAUGAGCUUUUCUGCCAGGAUCUCAAGGCAGUUUUUCAAAACCCGAACAGUUUCACUGAAUACCAUGCUGUAUCACCUUGCCCGCUACCUGCUGCCUCAAGCCAGCCCACAAUGGCCCCACAGCUGCCUAUGGUGAGGCAGUGCUUAGCUAGGUACUCAGACCUGGUACUCAACAUGGGAGCUGUCCCCAUUGCUGUGGCCACCCCUGCUGUUUGUAGUUCCAUCUCUGCAUGCAGAAAUACUUUCCCUGAAGAGCAGUGGGCCAAGGAGAACAGCCUUGGGUCUGUGGAGUCCCUCACCUUGUCUAGCUCUGCAUGCAACACUGAUCCUGGUCCCGUGGGGCCAGCCCCGUCCCAGCCAGGGGAGAUGACCCCUGCACCUGUUCCUGUACUUUCAGGAUCUGCUAACCUGCCUGCCCAGAAGCCAGAUCCAGUUCCACCAGGGCGUCCAGAACCCCAGAAGACAGAGGAGGAGAUUUCUGAGACGGAGGUAGACCAGGAGGCAUCCUUAGGUACCCCACAGUGGGUGGCGGACACCUCAAAAGCCCCAGGAGACUUAGCAGUUUCUCCCACUCCCCACUCCACAGCCCUGGGUUUUGCACACAGCCCAGGCAGGUAGAGCAGUGCUCCUUGUGACCAAAUGGCCUACAUAGCUACAUAGCCCACAGCCCCCCAACAGGACAGGAUGGCUUUCCCAGAUAUUUGCCCUACCCACUUGCUUUAUUGCUGGGUAGGAGGUGCACCCAUUUGGCCUCUCCUCUGAGCACAAACAGCCUUCUCAUCCCCCUCACCACCCCACCUCCUGUUAUAACAGAAUAGUGGGCUCUUUGCUGUGCGCAUCAUCCUCGUGACUUGCCGAGUGGCCCAGAAUCUGCCUCCCAGUAGGU